AGAUAUCCUAUAAAGACUAUCUAUGCUUUCCCCUUUUGUGAAAUCGGAAGUCGGUGGCUCUAAGAUUAUCAUUGAGAGAAAAAUAACGACAUGAUAAUGUUUGCUUUUUUGGCAGAUUUUUUCCUGGUGUCUACUUAGAUCUACCCAGGUUUUGUGAAGAUAUACUUCUCAAGAUGGCGGUGCAGGAUCAAGUUGAGAAAAAAUUUAGAAGGUUUAUAGAUUUUUGUAAAAGUAACCUGGGCACAGAUGAGGUGAAGAUAAUACAGUUAAUCAACAUCAGAUACAAGGAAUGCUCCCCACAUUUUAAAUAUUCCACAGAAAUGCUGAAAAUCAUAAAAUCAACGAAAACCAACAUGACAUCAGAACCCAAGCGGAACAUGAUCCAUCUCAAGGACUUCUUACAAGAAUUGAAGGCAUACACAAAAAAACGCAAGUCUAAAGAGAGUGGGUUGGACCGGGUUGCUAAGUUACGUAAAAUGGAUGAUAUGGCAUGUACGUCUGAAGCUUCUAGCACCGAGAGUGUAAUGUCUGACAUGGAAAUAAGCCUAGAUGUCAAUAAUUAUAGGCCGGACCAAAAACUUAAUUCAAUGAUAAAAAAUAAUUCCACCAGUAGUAGUGACAUCAUCACUUGUGAUGAAAAGUCAUCCAAUCAGAACACUUGUAUUAAUUUAAGUGAGAAUGAUAAUACAAAUGAUUCCAUUCCUCAAACAAUCAAGAAUGAAAGUUCUGUUAAAUCAGUUACCUCUCUCUAUAACUUGUCUUCAAAUGUUCACCUUUUGUCCUCUACCUCUAUAAUAGAAACAGAAAAAACUGAUGAAGAUCUUAUUAUUCGAGAAGAUGAAAAAAUUGAAAUAUCAGGGGAUGCAAAUGAUUCUUGUGUGAUACUUGAUGUUUCAUCACCAACAGAAAAAUCCCAGCAAAAGAAAAAAUCAUUCUUGUCAUUCUUAAACUUAAAACCGACACCGUCUAAAGACAGAAAGUUAGGAUCUACUGAUAAGGAUAUUAUUAUUUGUGACACUGAAGACCAGUAUCAAAUAGACAAAGAUCUUAAAUUACCAGGUCAACCGCUAAUGGACAGACCGUGUGCUUCAACAAGUAAACCACAGUCGAAGGUUAAAGAUGAAGCAGAAGUUAAGAAGAAAGCUCCAUCUGAGAAACAUAUAAAAAGAUUAGAAUCUUUACUUGAGAGAUUAAGGAUUAAGAUAGAAGAAUUAAGAGACCAGGAAUUAACGCUGGAUGAUCUGGAUGAUGAGACAUCAUCUUAUAUUUAUGAGGAUAAAUUAGAGCGAAAGUAUGUUGUUGUGUGGAAUAAACUCUGUGAAAUAAAAGGCAGAAAUCGUACAACCGGUCGGCCAGCAGAAAGAGCUUUUAGUUAUGCAGGCUCUCGAUAUCAUGAGAUAAAUAAAAAGAUUGAAAAAAUGAUUAACAAGCAUAAAGAAUUCCCAGAUUUUCAUGAUGUUAAAAAUGUUAUUGAGAAAGUCAACAGAAGGUCAAACCUAGGUUUAAGUAACAGUCAGGUGGAUAUGAUCGCUAGAGAAGAGUUUGUAAAUGUGGGAGACAUUCUACAAGAAAGACGACGUAAAGAUUUUAUGUGUACUUUUCUAUGUCGAGUAAAUGACAACUUUUCAUUUGAACGUGAUCCAGCAUUAUUUGAUGUAGAGUUGCAGAGGAAACUAGAAGCAAACCAACAACAUGGUAGAAACAAUCUUGAAGAGGUGAUUAAUAAAUAUGUAGACAAACAGUUUGAAAUGUUGGGGGAUGGAAAUGAUAUAGAAGUAGUUGGUGGUAAAUCUGAAGAUGAUUCAUCUCAAGAAGAAGAUGAUGAAGAGGAAGAGGAGGAGAAUAUAGAAGAUGUUGAUCAAUUUGUUGAUGAUACAGAAAUCCUGGCAGCCUAUAUACCGUCCCGGCCAGCUAUCGGCAAAAAUCCUAAAUUGGCAGCAUUUCAUGCUCAAUCUUCAGACUUGUUAUCUACGCAUAAACUGACUAAUGACAAUCUUGAUGUUGACAUGGAUAUCAGUGCUGUCGCUAUACCAUUAUUUACGAUAGACCCAGCCCUAAAUAAGGCUAAUGAUAAAAACAAUUCUAAAGUUGAAACAACUGAUGUUUCAAAUGACUUAGAUAAAGAUAUUACUUCUGAAAAAUUGGAAGACAAAAGUGAUGAGGAUAUUUGUAUUAUUACAGAUGUUGCCAGUGAUCCAUUUUUGGAACAGAACAAUAAAUCAGACGGACUAUCAAUACAAGUUGAACAUUUUGAUUCUGAUCUGGAGAAUGAAUUUGCAUUUUCGAAAAGAGUUUACAGUGAAAAGGUUAAUAUAACUUCUAAUGAGUUAAAUAAAAAUUUAAAAACUGAUCUCAGUAAAUUUGAAAUUUCUUGUCCGACACCUGUUAAAUCUGGUACUAAAGUAAAAUCUGAUUGUGUGAAAAUACCAGAUGCUGAAACUGAUAGUGACAGAGUGGUGUCUGUUAAGAAUGUAGAAACUGACAAAAUAACGGCAAAAUUGAAGAAUGGUGAUAAAACUGAGGAAGAAGAGACUACUGCUAUAAUAUCAUCAGUUUCAAAUGUUUCAGUUUGUGCUGUGAACUCUGAUAGUAUAUUUGAUUCAGUUAAUGGAAUCAAGUCACAAGGUACAGAAUCAUGGAAGGACAUUGUUCAUAAAUCAUCAGAGCAGAAAGAUAGGCAAGAUAAAUCAGAAAUUGCCAUGGUUAUGGAGAAUAAAGUGAAUUUGUCUAAGGAUACAGAAGCGGGAACCAAGAUCAAUAAGAUUACAGCAGAUAUGCUGAAUUUUUCUGUGGAUAGAGCAGGCGAAACCAAAAUAACUGAUGUUACAACUGAUAUGAUUAAUUCGUCUAAGAAGAACAUAAGCAACAAUUUUGUUUCAAGGGUAGCCGAGAAAGAUAUUGUUGAAGAUUUUGGCGAUCUUUCCGACGAUAGUCAGCAAAACAAUGUAGAAUUUGUUGAUUCGCUUGAACCAUUUGAAAAAUCCAAACAAAACAUUAAAACCGUCGGUUUAAAGUUAUCUAAAUUUUUAAAUUCUUCUAAAAAAUCAUCAUUAAGUGACUUUAGAAACCGUGCAAAAGACUUAGUGACGAAAGCUAUGAAGAAUAGGGAUGUUUCACUAAAAUACGUGUUGCCCGAUUCUCUUGUUGGUAUUACAAAAACUGAAGAUAAUAUGGUAUCUUCUCAGGUUUCCACAUCAAGCGAAGAUUUUUCUCAAGAAAUUAUGUUUAAAACUAAUAAAAUAGCAAAACAUCUUCCUACACAUCUUAUAAAACGUAAAUCACGAGUUGAUUCAUACAUCAUUGAGAUUGAUGAAGCUGACCGAUUAGACAGUACAACAAAUUCUCAAACAGACUACUCAGACGACGAACCUGUGUUAUGUGAAAGGACAACAUGUGAAACCGGACAUGAUGAAGUGACAUCAAGUAUCUGUGAACCUGAACCCGAUGUUAUUAUUCUCUCUGAUUCUGACUAAUUAAAACUGUUGAGAUUAUGUUAUUUAUAAGCGCUAAACCUCAUUGAUUUAGGCCAAGCUAAAGUAUUGAAUUGGGUUGAUAUGUUAUUUGAAUUAAUCAUGGGGCAAGAUCUAUACAAUUAAGCCAGCUUUUUUACUACCGUAUUUUACGGGGUAUAACUCGAUGUGGAGUAUAAGUCGAAUUGUCAUAUUUUACUGUUUUUCCGACCUCCAUCCAUAUUAUGUCGAAGCGGUAUAUAAGUCGAAUAUUUUUCAACUUCACGGUAGCAAACUAUUAUCGAAUUUUGGGACUGUCAUCCUAGUCAAAUACUGUGCCGGUCUACGCCAAGAAAAAUUGGCCCAUAAUAUUAAUUAAUGUAAAAAAAUCAGUUUAUAAAUGUUGGACUAACUUGUACAAUAUUCCAAGUUGUGUUCUUGGUUUAUUUAAACCAGAUUUUAUUUCAAUAUAUCUGAUAAAUAUAAGACAAUGCAGGCUCUGUUUAUAAUUGUACUUGGUUAUUAAGUAUGUUACUAAAAAUAGAAUAAAACAAUGCAGUAUAGUAUGAUUGGUUAAUUUAACUGAAAACUAAAAGUAGAAAUCUCGCAAGACAUGUGAAAUGGAAACAUGCCAAUUUGGACAAAUGUCAUAGAAAAGAUUCUAUAUUGAUGGCAUAUUUCACGGGUUGAGGAUAAUAUUUGAAAAGGGGGGGGGGAUGUUUUUAAAUAAUGAAAUAAACAAGCUAAGAAACGUCUACAAAUAUUUUGAUUGGCAUAGUGUGAGUAGUUUUGUUUUAGACGAUAUGGAGCGACAGUAACUGAAAAGUAUCGACUUAUAUGUAUACCCCGAAAAAUAUGGUACAUUUAUUUUAAUUUUGGCUUACUUUGUUGACAGUUGGAUCACAAAAGUGGUUAAAUCAAGUAAAUAUUGUGACCUUAUAAGCAAGGGCUUCCAAAUGCAACACUUUCGUUGGCCAUCUAUGUGACCAAGAGUUUCAACCCACAAUAGUGAACAGAAUUAACUUUGUGUGCCUAACUUUGUUUUAUCAACAAUCAGAUCCAUCACUGUUAUAAAUCAUUUGCAACAAAGUAAAUUGUCUUUUACUUCUUUCAAAGCUUGUAGAGACAUAUGUAUGCAAUGGUUAUAUAGUUCCUUUUGGUAUUGGAACUUGUAAACAGCAGUCUGCAAUGCUUAGUUUCUAUUUAAAGAUAAGUUAUCUGAUUAUAUUUUUAGAGGCUAUUUAUUAAAGUCUUGAUGAUUAAAAAGACUUGAUGGUCAUGCUGUCACUAAUGUAGGAAUUGCCUUGGCCCACAGCCAUGACAGUCAACAGAUGAGGUUACUAGGGUCAAACACCACUGGAUUUAAUGUAAGAAAAAAAUAUGUCUUAUCUAAAAUAACAAACUGUUAAAAACUUACUAAAAUCAUCAAAUUUUAUGAAUUUAGAUAAUAGCCUACUGUGUAAGAUUUACCAAUCUACACCAACAAUUUACAUGUAUUAAGAUUCCUUUAUAAUUUGGAUAAUGGAACUGAAAUGGUAUCCAAUGAUUUAAAUCCCAUUCCAGUUUGGGAAGCCACCGUGGCUUAGUGAGUAGGACAUUGGGUUCCUAGCCUGGAGGUGCUGUGUUCGAUCCCGAUGUUAACCAAGAAAGUUCAUCUGGAUUUUCCGUAGUGGUUCCCCCUCGUGAGUGGUUCAGAAUCAAGGGCCUUGAAAGAAACAAAAUAUAGUUGUUUGGAUUGUCCGGAAAACCGAGGUCCUGAUCAUUUCCAGUUUGAAUUUACAGAAAUCUAUUUCCAAGAUAUAAAGUUUCUAUUCAAUAGUCAUGAUAUAAUUGCUUUUGUCUAUGAAAAUACAUUGUAAAGCUUCAGAAUAGAGUGUGAAACUUAUAUUGUUCAACCAAGCAAAUAAUUUGAACAAAAUAUAUUUGACAAAACUUUCCAUGUGUAGCUAAAGCCAUCAUUUUUUCAAACACAGUGCUGUCUGCAAAUGGUGAUCUAGUGGUUUAAUGUGUGUGAGUAAAAUCACAAGGUCUGUCAUUGAGUCAAGUGGCCUGGUUUAGAUUCCCUGCUUGUACAUGACAAGGAUUAGGGUCGCCUGUCCAACCUUGUGGGUUAGUCCACCUUAAACCCCAUUUCUCUGUCUCUCUCUCUCUGUAAAGAAAGUCUUGAUUUUCCAUUUUAAGGAGGUUAACAGAUUAAAUGGCACGAAUGUAAUCCACUAUUCAAGCCAUCUGAUGGUAUAGAGAGUUGAUUAUGGGCUUGUCUAAAUAAUUAUAUAACAUUUGAAACCAGAAGAAGGACCUGCAAGGGGAUGAUUCUAUGGAAGCGUAUCGCUGCCAAUAUUAAAUGCUCUGCUAAAAUGUCAUUUCCAUUGAUUAGUGUAAGAGGAAAUCAAGCUGGCAUACUAUAAAAAAUUCGCUGGACGACCAUGACUGCAACGAAAUCUCGAGAUUGGUAUGGCUAAUCCGAACCUUCAACAAAUAAGAUAAAUUGAAAGUAUAGUCUAUUUUUAGCAAUUAGGUUACUGUUUGACAGCGGCACAUUUCUUUCAACAAAACAAGGAUUUUUCUUUCUCUUUUAAAGUAUGUACAUGUAAUCAUGAAUGUGUCAGGACAUAACUAAUAGAUUCAAAGAACCGUAGAAACAUUUUUUCCAGUGAUGUAUAACACGAUAACUGGAAUUUCGUAUUAAAACCCAUAUUUUGUAUUAUAAGGUCCAUGUUUUGAAAUUUGAAACAUUUGGCACUGCCCCCUCCCCUCUCUCUAAAUAGAGUUUAGUACUGGCUAAUUAACUUUGAUCCAUUUUUUAUACGCUCACAUGGAAAUGUGGUCUUAUAUUGCCGUCGCAUACGUGCAUCUGUCCAUUGUUCAACAAUUUUUUGUGAACACUAUACAGACUACAUUUAGCAUCUGAUUGUUUUGAAAUUGAUAUAUGUUGUUUACAUUAGUGAGAUGUAGAAGCCUAUUUAAUUUCAAUAAUUUUCGUUAAUUUCUUCUGGUGUAAUGGCCUUUGUUUCAUUUUGUUGAACCUUGUGAAUGCUUUAACGACAAAAGUUAUCAUCCCAUCUGUAUGGAAUGUAUAUGCUUCAUUUAAAUUAGUGAAACAAAGAAGCCUAUUGAAUUUCAGCAAUUUCCGUUAAUAAUGUCUAGAGUUAUGGCCCUUGUUUCACCUUGUGAACACUCGAAUGAUCAAAGUUAUCAUUGGAUCUGUAUGAAAUUUAUAAUAUAUAUGCAUUAUUUAAAUUACAAUCUGAUUAAAACACAGAUCCUAUUUCGUUUUGUUUUUAUAGUUCAAAACUUCUUUUACUUGUCUUUACUACACUAGGAUCUGGAAGACAUGUUCAUAAUGGUGUGAGGGAUUAGCCAAUGAAACGGUCUGUUACGGCGUGUUUUAGACGUGUUUUGCCCGGAACUGUGGGUAAUCCACUAGUAACAUCAAUGCUGAUUAGUUAAUGAAAUGUCUGAUGUCAUAGGGUCAAAAGCAGCUCGUAUGACCUCUCACGCGACCUAUCACUACAAGCGGUCAGAUCUUCAUAUAGUGUAGGCCAUCGAAAGUAUAAAAAAACGAAACGAAAUAUAGAUCUGUAUUUUAAUCAGAUUGUUUCAAUUAGUGAAAUCAAGAAUCCUAUUGAAUUUCAGCAAUUUCUGUUGAUUACUUCUAAAUUUAUGGCCCUUAACAUUCAAAUUGCAAAAGCUAUAAUCCAAUCUGUAUGAAAUUUAUAUGCAUUAUUUGAAUUAGUAAAAUGAAAAAGCUGGUCAAAUUUCAACAAUUUCUGUAAAGAGUUAAGGCCCUUGUUUCAGUUUGUAGAACCUUGUGAACCCUCAAACGACGAAAAUUAUCAUCUGAUCUGUAUGAAAUUGUCUUGUAAAUAAAUUCCCCCAAGUAUCUACAAAAGAUUAAAUAUUCGACAACCCUUGUCGACCGCUCGGACGUUUUAGCUGCUGUGGGAGUGUAUGUUUCAUUGCCUGGCAACCUAUCUUUUUAAAAAAAAAAAAAAAAAAAGGUAUAUGCAUUGUGCCAAACAAAUAAUGAAUA